AUGCAAGCCAGCGAACGACAUGGGUUUGAAGGCGAAGGGUUCUCGUAUCUAAAGAGUCCUGUCUGGUGGGGUGGUGUUGUUACACUGGCCAUCGGAGAAAUCGCAAACUUCGCCGCUUAUGCCUUCGCCCCCGCGAUCCUUGUCACACCGUUGGGUGCUCUGAGUGUUUUGAUCGGGGCUGUUCUCGGAUCGUAUUUCCUCCAGGAGAGGUUGGGUACAUUAGGCAAGCUGGGUUGCGCAAUGUGUUUGCUUGGAUCAGUCGUGAUCGUUCUCCAUGCGCCUCCGGACAAGCCUGUCGAGAGAAUUGACGAGAUCCUUCACUAUGCUCUUCAGCCAGGAUUCCUUUCCUAUUGCCUUGCAGUGGCCAUCUUCUCGACCGUCAUGAUCUACCGAGUAGGACCGUUGUACGGAAAGAAGAACCCGCUCAUCUACAUUUCGAUCUGCUCGACUGUUGGCUCCGUCUCGGUCAUGUCUGUCAAGGCAUUCGGUAUUGCCUUGAAGCUCACAUUGGGAGGUCACAACCAAUUCACUCAGCCCUCGACCUACGUCUUUGCCAUCGUCACUGGAUUCUGCAUUUUAACGCAGAUGAACUAUUUCAACAAGGCAUUGAACCAGUUCUCUACAUCGAUCGUCAACCCUCUGUACUACGUAACGUUCACUACCGCCACGCUGUGCGCCUCGUUUAUUCUAUUCAAGGGAUUCAACACCACAGAUGCCGUGAACACCAUUUCUCUACUCUGUGGAUUCCUGAUCAUCUUCUCCGGUGUCUACCUUCUGAACCUCUCGAGACAUGACCCCGAUGGGCGGCAGCUGCUUAACAAGGUUGAUGACGAAGCCGUGCCCACCGAUGCAAUUGCGAGCUUUCAAACCCGACGCUCUAUGCAAUCCCGCCGCAGCAACGAACCUCAUCGCCGCAGUUCGUCCAGCCUCGCCGCCUUUGUGAACGGCCAUGGGGAUCGAGAAGGUCUCAUGAGCUCGUACGAUGUGGAGAAUCAGGCCUAUGGUUUGGCCGACUUGGCUGAGGAGAGCGAUGGGGAGCCAGGCCCAACCUACAAGCGAAGCCAGGAUAAUGGGCGACCGGGCAAAUUGGCCCAGAGCUAG